AUGUCUAAGAGCGAUGAUUUGUUGGCUAUAUGUUCGCAGAGUAAUUUAGGAUCUGACUUCCGUGCCAUGCCAUUCCCUCCUAACGCCCCUUUUCUGCGGCGCUUCUCAGGCCUCCAGCAGGCGGCCGCAGACGGCGACUUGGCCGAAGUCACUCGGCUUCUGAUCGAUGGCGCCAACGUCAACGUGCUGAGCGGAGCCAACGGCCACUACGCGGUGGUCGAGUACCUGCUGAGCCAGGGCGCCUCCGUGGACCUUCCCAACCGCAACCCACCUAUCAUUCCUAUCAGCAGGUUGCCACGGUCGCCUCUCCCUCCUCCCGCAGAAUACACGGCCCUGAUGGCAGCUGCGCGAGAGGGCCACGUCGCCAUCUUGCAGCUGCUGGUCGACAACGGCGCGGACCUGGAAGUGGCGAGAAAUAAUGGUAAAUAA